AACAGCAGAGGGCGUGUCUAUUGAUCAUCGAACAGCCAACAGCCGGUGCUCCGCCUGAUUUGCAUAGAUUGGAGGUCCUUGUAGAGUGGACUAUUGGCGGGUUUGGGGGAUAGUACCUAAAUCACUGACACAGUGUGAAGUCUGGGUUGAGUCAUCCAAGCGGCUUGCAGCAGCAGCUUAGCUAGCAUGGAGGCGGAGACUGAAACAGCGCAGAUGAAUGGCCCAUCUGGAAAAUACAUAGACAGCAUAGACACAGAAGAUCCAGAAUACAGGCGUGAGUUGCAGAGGCCUCCAGAUAUCAAAGAAGACGUCAGGGGACUGAAGCUAAGGCAGCGUGUUUCUCUUGUCCUGAACAGUGAAGCCUUCAGAGAAGAGUUGGAAGAGAUAGUCGACGACACACUACAGAAUGUCCCAAGUUCUUCCAGUCUUUUAGCAUUGCAGCAGAUUGCAGAUGUUCUCAUACCACAACAGAAUAAGCCUGUGUCUGGGAUAAAUAAAAGUGGACUCGCAACUCCCUUGAUUUUGAUAAACGACCUGAGAGGAGUUGAUGCAGCCAACUACAGCAAACAGGAGAGGGUACUACGGUGUAAAGUGGCAUCUUGUUACAGACUGAUUGACUUAUUUGGUUGGACCCAUGGCAUCUAUAACCACAUUUCGGCACGUAUCAACCAAGAACAGGAGCACUUCCUCAUCAAUCCUUUUGGCCUCCUGUACAGUGAGGUGACAGCAGGAAGUCUAGUCAAGGUGAACCUCCAGGGGGAGGUGAUGGACCAGGGGAACACCACCCUGGGAGUCAACAAAGCUGGUUUCACUAUCCACUCUGCCAUUCAUGCUGCACGCCCAGAUAUCAGGUGCAUCAUCCAUCUGCAUGUGCCAUGUGUCGCAGCGGUAUCCAUGAUGAAACAGGGUCUUCUUCCCAUCUCCCAAGAGGCUCUGAUCUGUGGGGAGAUUGCCUAUCACGAUUACAAUGGCAUCGUAAUUGAUAAUGAAGCUCAGGAGUUGAUUGUUAGGAAUCUGGGACCCAACAGCAAGGUGUUGUUUUUGCGCAACCAUGGUGCCGUUGCUUGUGGUGCUACAGUUGAGGAGGCUUUCCACUAUGCAUGGAACCUGAUACAUGCAUGCCAAGUACAGGUGAAUGCUGCCAGCCUGGGCAUUGACAACCUUAUUCAGCUGAGUGAAGAUGUACAACAGAGGACCUUUGAGGUGGCCAGUCGCGGUGGGGGUGGCGUGAACUCAAAGGAUGCUGGAGUCAAAUGGAGGACCGGAGACCUGGAAUUUGAGGCUUUAAUGAGGCAUUUAGAUAGCGCUGGAUUUAGAACUGGCUACAUGUAUAAGCAGCCCAUUGUUAGGCAACCUAAGAAGGGCCGUAUCAACAGUGAUGUAGAGGAGCCGCCCUCUUCAACUAACAUCUCCUACAUCUAUGAUGAACAUGGUACACCAAUUAAACAGAUCAUUGAAUCAAAAAAGAAGGCUCAGAAGACAGAAUGGCUGAACACUCCCAAUAUAUAUCACAAACAAGAAAUUGAGGAGAUUGGCACCCCAAACCCAAAGAAAAUUAUCAAGUGGGUAGAAGAUUCCAGUUCACCACAAAGGGGCAGUUACAUCAAGGUAGAAAACCCAAACCAGUUUGCACCUCAAGGACAAGAUCCCAAGGAGUUUAAGCAAAAACAAAAGAAUAUAAGGAAAGGUUACUAUGAUGAGAAGAUCACCCCAGGCCCCCAGUCCAGGAUUCUUGAAGGUGUGAGCUGGGAAGAGGCAGAGAGGAUGAAGGAUGCAGAUCAGAGUGGCACUCAAGACAAAGUGAUCAUUGUUGGGGCUGCCUCCAAGGGCAUCAUCAAGAGGGAUCAGCAGCACAACGCUGUGGUGUACAGGACACCCUACACACCCAACCCCUUCGACAACAUGAGCCCAGAGGAAAUUGAAGCCUACAAGAAGGAGGUGGAGAAGAAACAGAAGGGUGAUGGAGAUGGAGAACCAGGUGCUGAUACAGUUGACACAGACGAAGGCCAUAGAGAACCAACACCACCACCCACACCAGAGAAGAAGGAAUCUGCCCCUGUGGCAGCAUCAACACCAAAAGUUCGCACUCCGUCGACUCCUUCAACGGGGACACCAACCACCCCGAAUCGUCACCACCGACCCAGGGGGCACUCGUUUGAAACGAACAUUGAUGACGUCUUUGAUGAAAGAGCCCCAUCCACUCCCAGGUCCGCGCGUGAAACCAACAUUGAUGAUGUUUUAGAUUCUCCGCCAAAACCUAAGGCUGUCAGCACUCCGCGGAGAGCUGCUGAACCCCCAGCUGACUUCCAGAGGACUAGCUCUGCCAGAUAUCCACCCAGAAGUCCAGAGUUGGUAGAAGAUUUAAAGCAAAACUUUGAGCGAUCAAAGUCUGAACGCAUGCCAAAGAAAAAAGGAAGAGGUGAAGUGGAAGCUGGCUCCCCUGCCAAGUCUGACACCAUGCGCUCCACAGAUAGUGCUGGAGACACACUGGAUGAACGCAGCAGCAAAGAGGGGUCACCAACUAAGGAACCAACAGAAUCUCCUACCAAGGAGAAGAAGAAGAAAAAGAAGCUCCGACUGCCAUCCUUCUCCAAGAAGAAGAAGGAAAAGAAAGAGAAGGAAAAGCACGAAAAGGCAGAUAAAGAGAAACCAACUGCUCAAACAGCAACACAGUCGGCAGUGUGAGCUUCUCCUCAGCAGCCAUUUAUAGGGCACAUUUCUACAACUGACUUUUCGCAUGUGUAAUAUUGUUGUACAUUGAAACUAUGCUGAAGCCUUAUUAAUAUCAAUUUAUGAUCAAUGUCCAGUACAUAUAUAUACAUGUAAAGUUUUGGCAGCGGAUGAAAAGAAUAGGUGAUUGAUAUAGAUGGUCAGUGCUAUGGCUAGCUUCAAUGUGGGGACAGUAUGGUCAGUUCAGUUUUUUUUCUGUGGGAACGGAGAAAUGGAUCCUAAAAUAUUGAUGUAUUUCCGGGGCCUACUUUCUUAGAUACACAAGCGCAGGAUUAUAAAGGACUUCCAAUAAGCUUUGUCCAGUGGAUUUUUGCUCAAAGCAUUUUAAAACCAACCUCCCCGGAUUACAUUAAUAUUUGAUUAUGAACAUAUUGCAACAUAUAUGAAGCUAGAGCAGUGUGGCUUGUUUUUCUUCCCUUUUCUCUAGUGAUGACCAUGAAUACAAAUUGAGGGGAUCGAUAGAAAGGAAAAAAAGCAAGAGAUUUCCUAUAUGCAGCUUUUAUAACCAGGGGAGGAUAUAUAUAUUUGUGUAUGUGAAAAUACCUUGCUUUUGUUAACAGUAAAACUCAGAUUCCAUCAGUGUAUUACUACAGUUAGGAUGGCUCAUUCACUAUCAGGAAAGAUGGAAGAAUUAUCGUUUCGCUAUUGUUGUCUGAAAAGCCGUCACCCACAGUCACCCUGGUUUGUUUCGUACAUUUUUUCUUUCCAUAUCUACCCUGUGUGUGUGCGUGUGCAAUUCCAGCAGGGCCCUGUGCAUUGGCAAGAAUGACAAGUUUGCAAGGAAACUGCUUGCUUAUUUUUACAUAUUGAUGGCAACAAUGUUAUAAUUCUAUGAUAUCAGUUUUAUGUGUACUGCAGGUCUGAACAAUAUCAGCCACUGUAUAUUGGAUAAUCACAAAGCAUUGAAAAAAAUGCCUAUAAUUAUCGAUAAUUGUUUAUUUUUUUCCGUUUUUUAUUAUAAAAAAAUUCUGAUAAUUGUUUGUAUUGUGCAUGCAUUGUAAAUGUGUACAGUAGUUUUGCUCUUCUUACACUUAUAGGCUGCUUUGCAGAUUAGUGGAGAUAUAUAUAUAUUAGUGUAGUAUGGUAGAUCUUAGCUCCCUUAAGAUGAACUACUACUAUGGUUAAUUGUUAAUAUUUUGUAUUUGGAAAAGUGUUUUUAUGUAGGAGUUUGUAGCUGUGGCAACAUUGAUGUCAUGGUUGUGGAAUGUGCCAACUUACUGCUUUGUCUUUGUUUUUCCUUGAAUUCUCAGUGCACUUCUUUCCAGAAGAAAAUGUUUUUAUGGUAGGAGAUCCAAGAUCUUAUUACAGAUAAUGGGGUUUAAGAUACUUUAAGCUUGCUUUAGUAGAUUUUAGGUCUUUUUCACUGUUGUUUUUAAUGACUGCUUUAAUAGCAAAUGCUUAUGUUGAAUGCUGAUGAAAGGGAAAAAUUACAGAUCACAUCAGUGUUUUUAGAAUAAUUACAUGUAAAUGAAUUUUAUUAUUGAAUCAAUCUGCUGUAUCUAAAGCAGCGUUCCAUUUAAGAAAUAACAAUUUUAGAUUUUAUAUUUUACCCCUACAAUUUUUUUACUACAUGUAGUGUUGUAAAGAUGUCCCCUCAGAAAUGACACUUUUCACACUUAGACCCUUUAGUUCACUGCCAGCAAAGCAAAAAAAGUGUAAGAUAAAUUACCAACAAGGUCAUUACAGUGGAGAAAUAAUAAACAUUGCUUAAUUUUACAAUGGAGCACACAGCAGGAGAGAAUAUAUCCUCGUAACUCUAUUGUUACUCAUGAUAGCAGUUUUGUAUGUACUUUAAUAAAACAAAAAAAAAAAGGACAGUCUAUUCUGCUCUGUGCUCCAAUGCAGUAACAAUGCUUCCGACUUGCCUGGUUUGACAUUGUAAAUGUUGACUAAAAAGCUUCUAAGUUCAUCAUGCUGUGUCAAUAAAAAUGUGGAUAACCAU